AUGCAUCGCUUUUUUGCAUUGCUGGAGCCAUCUCUAUCUGUCACUGAGCAAAACCUGGCAGACCGAGUUCGGUACAUCCUGCGCUCCAACAUAUUUGGUGACGCCGAACUCGAACGACUACGACGUGAGGCUGUUCCCUCAUCGGAUGAAAAUGCUACGGCUGGGAAUGCGGGGCCACUAAUUGUGCAUCAAAUUGCAUAUGUGGAUGCUGUCGUCAAUAUUCAAUCUGUGGUUGAUUCAGACGAUGAUGGAAUACUCCCCCACGAACUGGAGAAAAUGAGGAGCAUAUUGGAAGAGUCGAUGCUGGAAACGCGCAGCAUGCCUCUCGAAAAUCGACCGCAAUUUCCACGCAUACCCCCCUAG